UUUAUAAAUACGGGCAGAGUCAAAUUAGUUGUCUCUGAUACGGGCCAUUUGUUGAAGUAACAGUUACUGUUUGUUAUACUUAAUAAAGGCAAUUAAAUUAAAGGGCGAAAGGAAGAAAAGUAACUGCUAUUUUAUUAAUUUUUUAAUUUCUGAAUCAAAAAGAAAUAGUACCCAUCUGUGGUACCCAUCGGCUGGUUAAAAUGAAUAAAACAAAUCCAAAUAUAAAAAUUAAGGAGGAGAAAAUUUCAGAAGCAGUAAAUUCUAAUUCAACAGAUUUAGAUUCUAUGUUAGAAAAAGUGAAACAGAUAGAUUAUAAAUGUACAUUCGAUAAAUGCAAAAAUAAAACUAAAGACUUCGCCAUAGAUUGUAAGUUUUGUAAAGGUCGGUUUUGUACUAGCCACGGUUUACCAGAAAUACAUGGAUGUGGAGAAGCUGUAAGGAAAGACGAAAGAGAAAAAUUUUUACAUCAGAAUCCCAAACUAUCUAAAGAAAAACACUCGCAAGCUCAAACUAAGCUCAAUAUGAAAUUGAAACAGUUGCAGCAAGAAAGGAAAUCCAAAGGACCAAAGAAGAAAUAG